GGUGCUGAUGAGGGAUGAGUCGCGCUAUGUGAUGCUGUUGCUACUGCCAUUUCAUCAGCGGAUUUUCAAAAACAUCUCUCCAUCUUUAAACAUGGAAUUACCAUAAAAUGAAACCAUCGACAAGUUUUAAGGACGGCCACUAGCCUAUUUCACAUGAAACUCGCCAGUACAGUAACAAAUCUCUGUGUAGAAUAAAAUAAAGUGAUAGCCUAGGACAAGGCCUAUUUUCGGAUUACUCCUUGGUGUAAAACACGGUGUUUGACUAGGCCUCCUGGGAUCACUGUUCUCACUGUCGAGAGAAAAUAUUUCUCAAGAUCAUGGGGUUUGCUAUUGCCAGGCGUUGAUCGCCCAUCCAACAAGAUUCUGUGAGAUAUGGAAGCGAUAUGGCUGUACCAGUUUCGACUCAUCGUCAUUGGGGACUCGACAGUAGGAAAGUCGUGCCUGAUCCGGCGAUUCACCGAGGGACGCUUUGUGCAGGUGUCCGACCCCACAGUCGGUGUAGACUUCUUCUCAAGGCUAGUGGAGAUAGAGCCAGGGAAACGCAUUAAACUUCAAAUCUGGGACACUGCUGGACAAGAGCGAUUCAGGUCUAUUACCAGGGCAUAUUACCGUAACUCUGUUGGGGGGCUGCUGCUGUUCGACAUCACCAACCGUCACUCCUUCCAGAAUGUGCAUGAGUGGCUGGAGGAGGCCCGGAGUCACGUCCAGCCUCACAGCAUCGUCUUCCUGUUGGUGGGCCACAAGUGCGACCUGGAGUCCCAGAGGCAGGUGAGUCAGCAGGAAGCUGAGAAGCUGGCAGGUGCCUAUGGCAUGCGCUACGUGGAGACAUCGGCUCGCGACGCCAUCAACGUGGAAAAGGCCUUCACUGAGCUAACGCAGGACAUAUUUGAGCUUGUGAAGAGUGGUGACAUCAACAUCCAGGAGGGCUGGGAGGGGGUGAAGAGUGGCUUUGUGCCUAAUGUGGUGCACUCCUCAGAAGAGGUCACCAAGAGUGACCGUCGGUGCCUCUGCUGAAUGUCCUGUCUGUCUAGUUGGCUUUACCCCCCCCCCCCCCAUGCAUUCCUGUAACAUUAUGACCCACUAGCUCCCUGUCUUAUCACCUGGCAUUUAUUUGGCUCUCUCACUCCUAUCCUGAAUACUGGAAGGCCAUAUCAGCUCUAGUCUACCACUGAAGCAAAAAUGGACAAAGCGAUUUGGGUCGUUCCAUGAAAAGAGUGCCUUUUGUGCCCCUUGGAUAUUUUUAAGUAGAAAUUGUGCACCAAUAUUGCAUUUUAAUAGCCUGUUGCAUUUUGACAUGUCCCUCUCCCAACCCGGUGUCUCUUCUAGGAGGAUUUUAACCCACUUAAUCCCAACAUUUCUCAAACUAACAUUUUGUUGCUUUGCCAAAGUCAUUUCUGAAGAUUUCUAUUCAUUUCAUGUGAUUAGUGAUUCAUUUAUGUCUGUCCCUCGUUUUAAGGUCAACUGAACUCCCGUUUUAGUAUGGUGAAGCUAUUCCUUUUAAAAUAUCUAUAUUUUUUUAAAGAAACAUCGAACAUCUAAUAGUGAAAUCAUAGUGUAAAAGCAGGUGAGCUGGUUCUACAAUUUUGUGCCAUUUUCUGGUGUUUUGUGGAGGAAAACUGAGCGGGUCGAGCAUAACACGUCAACCCUGUUACCCACAAAUAGACAGGUUAGAAAUAUUCUAACAAUGACAUUUUUUGGGGUGAAGCUUGCGUUCAAUUGCCAAUCCCUGUGCACACAACAAGCUUCCAUUCCCCCUGUCACAAGGGGAUUGAUGGCUGAUUUAAGAUGAAAUCGUCAACCCUGUUAUGGUCAACCCUGUUAUGGUCAUCCCUGUUAUGGUCAACCCUAUUUGGCACUUAAUAGGCAAUUACUAUAGUAAUGGGAAAACUAGUUUUUUUAAAAAGUUGAACAUGUGCUCUUUAUGACAGAAUGUUAAAAUUAGGUGAAACCCCCCAAAAAUGUACACUUCUCAAAAGGCACCGAAUUGGUGGAACGACCCAAUUGCCAAAGUAACCUUCCUCGCCUCUGUCUUACCUGUUACAUGCACUUGAAAGAAAAUAACUGCCCUGCUUUAUGAUGAGAUUUUCCUCUCUGUACUUAUGCCUCGUCUUGUGCCCUACGGAAGGAACACACUUCAAAUUUUACAAGUCUGUCCUGGAGUCUGGAGCGCUCACACAACUUUCGGGGGGACACCUAACCUCCCUAGUCUGUUGCUGGCUGGUGUGUGCAAUACAAGGGGACACCAAAUCUAGCUCUGCUUUUUAAACCCUCUCUAUGGAAAGAUCCAAUUCGCAGAGGGAAGCAUGUGUUGCAUUAGCACUGCGUGAGCAUGUGGGGAAUGGCACACUGCUGUGUGCAAUGCCUCCUCUGCUUUAGUUUGUGAGACUGAUGGCACUACCAGACAAAUGAAUAACCCGAGAACACAUCAUUGCCAUCACCCUUUUGAUCAUAGAUAAGAUGGAACCAAAGUUUGUGUGUACUGAUUCAGUUGUCAACUGUGUUUCUAUAUGAGUAUCCACAGGGAAUUUAUACCGUUGAGUGUGGGUAUGCACUGUGAAAUGCCUAACAUCAAUGUUUUUAUUGCGGUUUGCGUCCUCGUUGCUCAUGUUAAAUGCACAGUUGGUGACAGAAGGUAAAUGUACAAGAUAUCACCCCUUUUAGCUACCCUGUCCAUCGAUCAUAAUCAUUACAGAGAAUGUGUCUCAUGAGAAAGCAGUUUUAUUUACUCCAUUGGCUUAAACUGUAAGCCCACCCCUUAAACAUUGACAUCUACCCAACGAUAAUGCCUCCUGAUGAACACUGAAGCUUUAAAUGGGGUCGGCUGCACUAGGGUUGUUUGCAUUUAGUUUCUUAAGACCUCCAUACUGUAUGGUCGUAUGCUUGUAGUUUUAACAUGAUUAUAAGCAACAUUCUGCAUAAGGAAACAUGUCCGAUAUUUCUUCCCGCCCUACACUGUAAAAAAAAAUGAAAAAUGACUCUUUUGGAUCAACGUAAAAAAUGACCAACUGGUUACAAGUAAAUUAGUUAGGUUUUCUCAGUUGAAAAAAACUACAUUUGUUGAAAUCAAAUAUAUGGUUCAAUGGCGACAGUUUUAUUUCAUUAUUACCAAACCUAUAUUUGAAGUUGCAAUGUAUUUCUUUCAAAACUCAACUUACUUUUCCCCUUUGGUUAAACCUAAUAAAUAACAAAUACAAACUCAUAUGUCAUGUAAAUGUAACCAAUUUUUUCAUAUUGUUCCAAGUUCACUUUUUAAUUUGGAAUUACCUAUCCAAAUCCAAUUAAAUCAAUUCCCUGUAAAUCAAGAAAUUAAGUUGGUUCGAUAACUUGAAAUAAUGUUUCUAAACAUAUUCUUUAUACAUUUAGUAGCCACAAUAUCAUGACCAAGAAUUAGCUACCUUAACAUAGAAACCUUAACAGGCUCUUUAGUACCAUAUGCACUCAUGCAAGUAUCAUUACAGAUGCUGUCAGUGUACAAGUUUGAGUUAGAAUAACAGAUACAAUAGACCACAUUAACAGGAAUGACAUUUACACUCACAGGUGGGCAAAAAUAACUAACUGAAAGCCACGCCCCCAAUAAGCUAUACCUCCAGCGCUUUUGAUAGGCUGCCGCCGCUACAUUGCCCCACCGCUAUUCAAUGCGCAUCCGCUCAUGAGGUGUUGAAAGCAAUUUAGAACUUUCAUUCAAUAAAAAAAAAAAAAUCACAUUGAUCUGUCAAAUUUGUUAUUUGAUUUCAGGGAAAUUUUAUAGAAUAGGUUGAAUGAACCAAAGUGUAAUUUGUUAUCAUUCCAAUCAGUAAAUGCACUGCAGAACGACAGCAUCUUCCCCCUUUUUUUUUUUUACAGUGUAUUAGACUCAGCCAUGUGCUUUAUCUAAACAUUAAGACUUCCAACCUCAACCCUUAGUACUUCCUAAGCAGUUUUCUUCCUCAAUGCCAGUUUCCACCCACCUUAUUACAACUUUUCGGUAAGCUACGAAACCCUUUGCUUCAAGGGCCCCCGUGUCCAAAUUUAUGCAUGUUAAUGCAAGCAGACCAUGUCUGAGAGCAAUAAUGAGGAGCCUCCUGGGUUCAAAGUAUCUAUGCACCGAGAAACUAACAAUUUGCUCUAAAGGAAAGCCACAAUAUGCAUUCAUUUAUUUUACUGUCCUCCAACCUUCACAAUGUGUUGAACAAGAGGGUUGUUCAUUGCCGCACGUGUAUAGUUGCAUUUCACCCAUUUUACAUUUGAUUUUCCAAAGAAUUACAAGUGUCUUAAUGGAUUUCUGAUAUAACAUAUUGUAAAUAGCCAGGGUGUACUGGGUACAUUUACUUCUAGAACAUGAAGUGUGAUAUUGGCGUGAUAGAAUUCCAGUUUUACUUUCUCACAAUAUGGGGAGAAAAUUCCAUAUGUUUCAAUAUUUGUAGGAUGUAUCAUACAGUAACUGGAGUGGAAAGGGAGAAGGCUUUGAAUGGGUGUUGCUCUGUUCAGGGUAUUAAGAUAGUGUUGGUUUCCCCCACUUUCACUCAAGUCGUACCCAUGUACCAUAUGAAAGGAGAUAUAUGAAAAAUGAACGUCCACAACCUUCGUAUUGACAUCCGGUACCGAAAUAUCCUACCUGCUUAUUGAGCCUACAUGUGCCAGACACAUUGCAGUCUGUUGUUGAAUGGACUCCUGUCUCCAUUCUCUGCUUAAGCCAGGUACCAGAUCAGCUGCUCAUGUCACAAUCACAGCACUGGCACCAAACAACCGUUGUCUUUCUUUCUAUACCACUGGCUGACUGUAAUAGAGGGUAUUGUAGAGAGAACAUUCAGACAGACUUGACUCUGUAGUUCGUGAUCUCUGAUAGACACCGGAGGCGAUGGAUAACGACAUAUAUCUCUAGUCAAAGCAAAGACGGAUUUCCAAAUCAUUUAUGUGACUUGUAAAUGUUAUUUAAAACAAACAUGAAGCCGACCAUGUUUCUUUAGCGGUGUGUAGGUUUGGGGUGCAUAGAAGGUGCAAGCUUGAUGUCUCAUAUGCUUGUAAGGAAUAAACAUUUGAUCUCAA